AAAUUAGUAAUGUGCAUGUUUUUACUUUCACCCAAUGUGAGCAGUUGUAGUGUGGGACCUUGACUGGCGAUAGUUGGCAAGUGACAACGGUCAACGGAUGGCACAUUGCCCGUUAUUAUUAAACACUGAGUUCAACCCCCCACACCCCUCAAAUUGUCAAUGCGCUUAGAGCCCUCGAUGAAGUCGAAUGCUCAAAAAUAUAGAAGAACUGGGCGUACAGACAAGCGAGCUGUGCAAGGGCAGAGCGACGAACCUCGCCCCGCUCUGUCUCUGGUGCCGUCCGCGUCCCCCGGUCCGGUACUGCAGUACAGUGUACACGUACUGGGCACUGGGCACACCUGGGACAAGUCAGAGAGACAAGCACUCGGGGCGCCCCGGCUAGCCCCGGCAGCCCCGGCCCGGCUGGUUCCCGGGGCGGGGGCGGGGGCGGGCGGCCUAACGGGACCCAGGGCUGGUAUAAAGUCGCGGGCUGCGGAAGCACCCUGCAGUUUCUGUGCACGCCGCCGCCACGCUCCACCAUGACGGCCUCCACCAUGUCCCUCGUCGCGAUCGCCGCCGUCGCGGCCGUCGUCGUCCUGGCCGCGUCCCCGUCGGCCGCCGCGCCCCAGAGCAUGGCCAACUUCGGCAAGGGCAACAUCAACGCGUACCUCAUGGACCCCAUGCUCGUCAGGAAGACCAUCUCGUGCGUGGAGGGCGUGGGGCCCUGCACCCGCCUCGGCAACAGCCUGAAGAGUGCCAUCCCCACGGUGCUCAACAACUGCAAGGGAUGCGACCAGCAGCAGGCCGCCAACGCCAGGAAGCUCAUCGACUACAUCCAGAGGAACUACCCCCGCGACUACGACAUGAUCCUCGCCAAAUACCGCAACGCUCCCCCACGCGGUUAACUCCCCCUCCCCCUCCUUGCUCCUCCCUAGGCUAGCCGAAGAUUGGCGCGAGCGGGUGCCAAAACCAUUGUGCGAAAUAUGUCCGAGUCGCUGCCGUACUACCAGUGGUGUGUGAACAUGUUGCCCGGGGAUCGGGUGCGCCUCUUUACCUGAAGGACGCUGCUCGCCCUCCUCCCCCUCUUCCCUCUUGCUCUCGAGGAAGUCAAAUGUGAUCAUUCUAUUUAUUUUUAAGGUGUUUUGUAAAUAAAUUAAUCUUAAAGCUGCCCUCCA